UCCCCAUAUCAUGAAAAAAAGAUGAACGAAAAUCUCAGUUCAUAUAAAAUUACCAAAAUACUAACGAAAACACAGCAACACCGAUUAUUCCCGUAAACAUGUCGGUAGCAUUAUCCUCUUCUCAUCAAACUUUCAUAGCCAAUGCUUUCUCAUUUAAUCGAAAACCCAAAGCAAAGCUUCCCAAUUCUCCUACUUUCAUUACUUGCAGGUUCCACUCAGACGACCACGACGAUACCUCCUGGAGAAAUGAGAAACAGUUAGCAAAGCUAGCAAUGGUGACAUUGGCAGCCGGGGUAUUGACUCUGGGUUCGGUGGGUGACGCAUCAGCCGCCAAAUCUGGUGGUAGAGUUGGCGGUCAAGCGUUCCGGUCAGCGGCUCCUCGCUCAGCACCAAGAGCCAACAACAAUUCCAGGACCAACAUUUACAUUAAUCCGCGGGUCGCCCCACCUCUAGUCGGAGGCUACGGAUACGGUUACGGCGUGCCGUUCUAUGGUGGUUGGGGCUGGUCACCAUUCUCAUUCUUUGCUCCCGGCCCUAGCGUUGCGGUCGGCAUCGGAGGCGGAUUCGAUACACUCCUCUUGUUUAUGUUUUUGGGUGCAUUUGCAGCUGUUGUAAGGAGAUUCUUUGGAUCAAGAAAUGAAGAUGAAGAUGAAUAUUAGUGAAAUAAAUAAAUAAAUAACUGAAAGCAACAAGAAGUUUUGAGACUUUUAGAUGAAAUGAUAAAAAUAGAGAUGUUUCUAUUUACAUAUGGGUAGCCAUUGUUGUUUUUAACUCUGUGUAUAAAUGUAUAAUUUUAUGAGUUAGUUUUACAA